AUGGCUGAAUCCAUUACUGAAGGUACUUUGAAGGGGUUUGAGAAGGAGAUUGGUGAUUUCGUGGAGCAGGAUGAGGAGGUCGCUACUAUUGAGACUGAUAAGAUCGAUGUCAGCGUCAAUGCCCCGUUUGCCGGUACUUUGACCGAGUUCUUGGCUAAUGCUGAUGAUACUGUGGUUGUUGGCCAGCCCUUGUUUAAGAUUGAGCCUGGUGAGGGCGGUGGUGCUAAAUCCGAGUCCAAGUCCGAGUCCAAGUCCGAGUCCAAGUCCGAGUCCGAGUCCAAGUCUGAGUCCAAGUCCGAGUCUAAACCCGCUGAAUCCAAGUCGGAAGAGUCGAAACCCUCUGAACCAGCUGCCGAGUCGAAACCUGCUGAAUCGAAGCCUGCUGAACCCGCUAAGAAGCCUGCUGCUAAGACCCCAGCUGCUGAAGAGGCCAAGCCUGCCAGUGCUGGACUUCGUGAGGAACGCAGAGUCAAGAUGAACAGAAUGAGAUUGAGAAUUGCUGAGCGUCUUAAGGAGUCUCAAAACACCGCUGCUUCGUUGACUACUUUUAACGAGGUCGAUAUGUCGGCUCUUAUGGAAAUGAGAAAGCUGUAUAAGGACGAGGUUCUCAAGAGCACCGGUAUCAAGUUCGGAUUCAUGGGUGCUUUUGCCAAGGCUUCCGUUCUUGCUAUGAAGGACAUUCCUGCUGUCAAUGCUGCUAUUGAAGGUCCUAAUGGCGGUGAUACUAUUGUAUACAAGGACUAUGUGGACAUUUCGGUUGCUGUUGCUACACCCAAGGGUCUUGUUACCCCUGUAGUUAGAAACGCCGAGCAACUUUCUGUUCUUGGAAUUGAGAAGGAGAUUGCUGCACUCGGAGUCAAGGCCCGUGACGGUAAACUGACUCUGGAAGACAUGGCCGGCGGUACCUUCACCAUUUCCAACGGAGGUGUAUUCGGUUCUUUGUACGGAACUCCCAUCAUCAACAUGCCACAAUCGGCUGUUCUGGGACUUCACGGAAUCAAGGAGCGUGCUGUCGUUGUCAAUGGCCAAGUGGUUGCCCGUCCCAUGAUGUACCUCGCCCUUACAUACGACCACCGACUCCUCGACGGCAGAGAGGCCGUCACCUUCCUCAAGACCGUCAAAGAGCUCAUCGAGGACCCCAGAAAGAUGCUCCUCGUGCAAUAA